AUGCUCUGUCACAUUAAUGCUCAUUUUGCAAACCCUUACAUAACAAGUGGAAGUUCCUUUCUUGAUGAUAGAAAUUGUUUUCAAAAUUAUAUUGAAAAAAAUGAAUAUAUCGACACUGACUGUGAGAAUUUAAUGGUUCAUGCCAAAUCCAUUUUUGAAAGAAAUAUUAUUAAAAUAUUUGAUGUAAACAAUAUUACCGACUGUGGAUUGCAAUUUUUGAAGGACUAUAACGUCGAAAAGAUUCUUUUAAAGGCUAUUGGAAAAGGCUUGGUUAAUUUGACUUCUACUGAAGAUGAUUUUGAUUACAGAACAAACAAGAAUAUACGAAGCAUUGCAAAAUCCGCCAAGACGUAUUGUAAGGCUGACUUGUUUUGCGAUCUCUUUUUACUUGAUCAGAGAUAUCCAAAUUUUACUUUAACUCCCUAUCAAGUUUGUAUGAUGAAACAUCUCACCGAUAUAAAUAUCAUCGACCCGAAGUUAUAUAAAAUCGAUGAAGCACGUUAUGUGGAAGAAAACUGCGAAACAUAUUUCAUGAAAUGGCGUAUAAAAUUUCCAAACGAAUAUCUUUUAUUGGAUCUCGUUUUUCCUACAACAUUUUUCGGUGUUUCCUCCAACAAUAUUUAUGAUUGUUACACACAAAAAGUAAAGGAUGGAAAAAUUAAUGAACUGUUAGCUUCAUAUGAAAUUUUGGUCACCUUUGAAUUAUCUGAUCAACAAUUUAAAGAGAUUCGCAACAAAGCCAUCGAUUUAACCAGCACCAGUGUCAAAAAUAUGUUUGAGUGUUUAAAUGAAAUAUUUUAA